AUGAGAGUGUUAGUAAGUGUAACAUCCUCGUUAAAUAGUAAAAAUGAAGAAAGCAAUAAUAUAAUAAAUAGUAGUAGUAGUAAUAAUAAUAAUAGUAAUAAAGUAUUUAUUGAAAUUCAUCCAAAUCAAUUAAUUUGGAUGAUUAAAACCCAAUUGUUUAAUUUAUUUAAAAUACCACCAGCUAGACAACAGUUAUAUUUAAAAGUUAUAGAUGAAGAAAAACCAAGAGAAACUUCAAGAUCAUAUUCGAAAUUAUUGCAUAGUUAUAGAUUAGUAAAAGAUUAUAAAAUGUAUGAUGGAUCGGAAUUACAAAUGGUAAAAUUAGAGAAAGAAAUCCCAUCGGAAUUUUUAGUUCCACCAAAGAGAACUAUAACAGCUGCUGAUAAAUUGUCAUUGGUUGGUUCAGGAUAUUAUGGUAGUCAAAGUUCGGAUGAUUUAAAUAGUAAUACAAUUAGUCAACGUAUACAUGUUUUAUCAAGUAAAAAAGGCGAAGAGUGCCCAGCAUUGUGUUUUGCAAUUGGUAAAGGUUUAUAUAGAGGUAUAUCGGGUGUAAAAUAUGAAAUAAAAUUGUACAGAGUAGAUUCAAAGGGUGUUUUAAUAAAUUCCACAUCAUGCAAUUUUCAAAUUGAUAUUGUAAAAAAGAAUUCUACAUCAGUCGAUGAUCGUACUAUGGCAUUCACUUAUGAUCAACGUAAACACGACUAUUCAUUACUCACUCUUCAACCAACAACCUAUGGCGAUUACUCUAUUAGCAUCAAAAUAGAUAAUACUCCAAUUUGUGGUAGUCCAUUCCAAUGCACCAUUAUUGACGAGUUAAAUCCACGUUUAAAAGAAUUGGCUUUUUCAAAUGAAUGGAAUGAAGAAAUUGUUGAAUUGAUAACAUUAAUUUCAAAUAAACCAAGUACAAUCGAUAAUCUAUUUUCAUUUGGUAUAGAGGGUUUAGUAAAUCUAAUGUUUUAUCCUGAUCCAACUGUCCAAAUUCAUAUUACUGGUAUAUUUGCAAAAUUAAUGGAAAAAGAUAAAAAUAAAGAAAGGGUUUUAAGGGAAUAUGGUAUGGAAUUUAUAUUUAAAUUGGUAUCUUUGGAUAAUUGGAGUAAUUUUAUGGAAUUAAGAAGACUUUUAGCUAGUAGUCUAUGUAUAUUAUCAUCAUAUAAACCAUUUAUAGAUAGGUUUUUAAAAGAAGUUGGUAUGGAAAUAAUAUCUUUGGUUGCAAGAUCAGAGCAUAUUGAUUGCCCUAGAUCAUGUGCUAUCUUUUUAUCAAGAGUCUCAGAAAUCUAUGAAAUUUCAGAUUAUUUAGCAAAUGAAGAAAUCAAAGAAACUUUAAUUUAUAUGUUACAUUUACAAGAUAAUAUAACAAUUAAUUGUACAUUAAAAACAAUUUCAAAUCUUUCUUCAAGCUUUGACUUAAAGAAAGAAUCAAAUAUUAAAUUACUAUCAUGCUUAUUAGAUUGUUGCAAAGAUUUUAAAGACAUUUCAAAAAAAGUUUUAAUUUUCAAAUCAUUUUCAAAUUUCUGUGUUAGUGAAUCAUUAUGCACCUUUUUAAUAUCAAAUGGAAUUUUAGAUUUAAUUACACCAACUCACGAUAAAUCUGGUUAUUUUGGUAUACCCAUGUUUUGUCAAUGGGAAUCAAAUAGUUUCAAUCAUUUAAUAACGUCAAAUACCGAAUCAAAUUUAUAUAGCUAUAAUCAAAGUUUUUCACAAAUUUUCAAAGAAGAAACAGAUUAUAUUUUCUUUUUAUCUUUAACAAUUUCAAAUAUGUUGGUUUCAACUACUUCAUUAAAAAUUCAUGACCAUUUUUCAAAAGGAAAUGGUUUAAAUUUGUUAAAACAAUUUAUUCUAUGUCAUGAAUGCUCUGCUAGAUCCGAAGCCUUUAGAUCAUUUAUGAUAAUUUCAAAUUCACCCAAUGAUCAAUGUAAAAAACAUUUAAUUCAAAGUGGAAUUAUACCAUAUUUAGUUUCUUCACUAUUUGACAGUUUAAAAGUCGAAACACCAUUUAUUGUAAAUACAUUAGCCAAUUUAUGCAGAUAUGAUCCAUGUUGUGUAGAAAAUAUGGGUAUGGAUGAUAUUGACAAGUUUAUAGAAUUAUUACAUUCACAAGAAUCAAUAGCUAUCCCAAUUUGUUAUAUAUUAUCACAUUUAAUCAAACAAGAAAAGUACAAGACUAAAAUAGUAAGAGGUGGUGGCAAGCGAUUCCUACAUCAUUUAAUCGAAUUUGUGCGUCAAGGUGAUAUAACUAUAUUAAAGCCAAUUUAUCAACAAGACUUUGAAAUUACAAAAGAGAUAGGACAUGGUGUAAGUGGUACUGUAUGGAAAGGAACUUGGAAUGGUUAUGAAGUUGCUAUCAAAUCUUUUAAUGAAGAGAAUUUAAGUUUCAACGAAAGAGAAUUUCAUAGUGAAACUACUAUCAUGUCGGUUUUACGUCACGAUAAUAUUGUACAUUGUAUUGGUGGAUCAAGAACUCCAGGCAAAAUGUUUUUGGUUUGCGACUAUUACUCUAGAGGAAGUCUUUAUAAAGUGAUUCAUGCCAAUGUGUGUCCAUUGUCCAAUGCUCGUAUUGUUCAUAUUGCUCUUCAGGCCGCAAAAGGUAUGAGUUAUCUACACUCAUUAGGUAUCAUUCAUAGAGAUUUAAAGAGUGGUAAUCUUUUAAUCGAUCAAGAUUGGAAUGUGCGUAUUUCAGAUUUUGGUGUUAGUAGAGUUGUCGAUAACCGUCGUAUGACUAAGGCUGUUGGUACUGCAUGCUAUAUGGCUGUUGAAGUUUUACAAGGUACCGAAUAUACUCAAAUGGCUGAUGUUUAUAGUUUUGCUUUUGUACUCUGGGAGUGUAUAUCUCGUCAAAUUCCUUAUCACGACUUGGAGCAUAUCGAUUGGGUUAGAUCUGUAUUAGAUUUAUCCUAUCGUCCACCUAUACCUGAAACUUGCAUACCAGAAAUCAAAGAGUUAAUCGUUAGAUGUUGGGAAACUGAUCCACAAUCACGUCCAAACUUUGACGAGAUUGUUGUAUAUUUAGAAGAUCUUAGAAAUAAAAUGCAAGAACAAGGUUUAUAUGAAGGAUUUAGAAAUGAUACAUAUAGAUCCUCCAUAUCAGAGAAUACGCUAAAUGAAAAUAUAAUCAAUAGCGAUAUGUCUAUGCAUCCAACUGAAGAACUAAAGAAUUUAGUUGAACAACAAAGUUCAAUUUCAAAUCAAAACUCACCAACUUUAUCAGAUUUUGAUGUUAGAUCAAGUUCGACAUCAUCAUCUCCAAUUUCAAAUAUUUCUGCAGCUCAAAGUCCAAACUCUUUGAGUCCAAUCGGCUCGACUUCAACCAGUCCUGUAUUAUCAAGUGGUAUUAAUGGUAAAGGUAGUGAUUCUAAAGAACAUAAAUGGGAGAGAUUUGUACCAGAUAAAAAUUUGGGUCAAAAAAGAUUAUCAGCAUUUAGAUCCAACCCAAGAACUGUUGGUGAAAAUGAGUCAAAUCCAAUAUCAAUUAAAGGUGGCAAUCACAACAAUGUCAGUGACUCUUUAUCGCCACAAAAUUCAAAAAAUUCAAUUACUUUUAGCUCAUCAGUACUUUUAUCUUCUACAGCUUCAUCAAGUGGUAUAGAGAGUAGUUGUGGUAAUCAAGAUUCAUUUUUAUCAGAAUCUGAUAAUUCAACAAUUUUGGAACCAAAAAGUUUAAAUACAGGUGGUUUUAGUUUACCUCCACCACCUCUUCACCCCUCAUUUUAUGCAUCGAUGAUAAACGAUAAAAUUUCACCAGAUUCAAGUAUUAAAAGAAAUACAUUGGAUAAUAAACCAAUACCAGUUUCAGAAAAAAUAAAGAUAAAUAGCAAUAAUAAUAACAUUAAUAACAUUAAUAAUAGUAACAAAAAGGAUUCGAAUUCGAAUCCAGCUAAAAUUAAACCCAGCGAAUCAUUUGAAGUUCUAAAAGCAAAGUUUGACCCUAAAUAA